CUUUGACACAAUCCGGAUUUUUGGAACGAUAUCUUUUUCAGUCUUUCUUUUAUAUAUUAUUUCAGCUCUCACCAGGGUGUAAAACAAGAUUAAUCAUUACUCAUCUCCCGCACUGUAGUAUCUAACACAGAUAGGGGGCAUGGCCCAGAGGCUGCCAUCAAAGAACUCUGAAGACUUUGAAGCUGUCACAGCAGGUCCUGGAAGGCCUGAAGCACCAAGACAAAGACAGAAUCUGAAGCAACACACGAAUUUGCAGCCCAGAACCUGAUGGCUCCAAUGAUUAUCCUGGAGCCUGCGGGUGGUUGCCUCUGCGACGAGCCGGUGCGCAUCGCCAUGCGCGGCCUGGCCCCCGAACAGCCCGUCACGCUGCGCGCCGCCCUGCGCGACGAGAAAGGCGCGCUCUUCCGCGCCCACGCGCGCUACCGCGCCGACCCCCACGGCGAGCUGGACCUGGCGCGCGCGCCCGCGCUGGGCGGCAGCUUCGCGGGGCUCGAGCCCAUGGGGCUGCUCUGGGCCAUGGAGCCCGACCGGCCUUUCUGGCGCCUGAUCAAGCGCGACGUGCAGACGCCCUUCGUGGUGGAGCUGGAGGUGCUGGACGGCCACGAGCCCGAUAGAGGGCGGCUGCUGGCGCGGGCGGUGCACGAGCGUCACUUCAUGGCUCCCGGAGUGCGGCGCGUGCCCGUGCGCGAGGGCCGUGUGCGCGCCACGCUCUUCCUGCCUCCAGGAAAUGGACCCUUUCCUGGGAUCAUAGACCUUUUCGGAGUUGGAGGUGGCCUUCGAGAAUAUCGAGCAAGUCUGCUGGCUGGGAAGGGCUUUGCUGUCAUGGCUCUGGCUUAUUAUAAGUACGAUGACCUCCCCAAGAGCACGCACAUAUUCCACCUGGAGUACUUUGAGGAAGCUGUGAACUACCUGCUCAGUCACCCUCAGGUCAAGGGACCAGGAAUUGGCCUGCUGGGGAUUUCCAAAGGGGCUGACCUCUGCCUCUCCAUGGCCUCUUUCCUGAAAGGCAUUACAGCGGCUGUCAUAAUCAAUGGCUCUAUGGCCAACGUUGCUGGAACAUUGCACUACAAGGAUGAGACCCUGCCCCCUUUGAGCAUUAACAUGAAUCGAAUCAGAGUGACCAAAGAUGGCCUUAGAGAUAUUUUUGAAGCCCUGAAUUGCCCUUUAGAAGGCCCUGACCAGAAGAGCAUCAUCCCUGUGGAAAGGUCUGACUCCACCUUCCUGUUCCUUGUGGGUCAGGAUGACCGCAACUGGAAGAGUGAGUUCUAUGCCAAUGAGAUCUCCAAACGCUUGCAGGCCCAUGGGAAGGAGAAGCCCCAGAUCAUCUACUACCCAGAAGCAGGGCACUAUAUUGAGCCCCCUUACUUUCCUUGGUGCAAGGCUUCCUUACAUGCCAAUUUAAACAUGCCUGUCCUCUUUGGGGGAGAGCCCAGGGCUCAUGCCAUGGCCCAGGUGGAUGCAUGGCAGCACCUCCAGACCUUCUUCCACAAACAUUUGGGUUCUGAAGCAAGGAAAAUCUCAGCAAAACUGUGAUUUUCUGUGAGUAGUGACACUUCUGAUGUUGAUCCCUCCUGAGAAGGCUGCCACUGUUAGGAUGUGCAUGCAUUUUUCUCUCCUUUAAUAAAGUCUUGAGUUUCCCCACCCCCAAAGGUUUUAUGGACUGAGUCCUCAUUGAUUUGUGGGCACAGUGGUUCCUACCUUCUUAUGGGAAUGAAGAUUGAGCCCAGGGCAUGUGUAUGGUAGGCUAGCUGCUGAAUUAUCCCACUCUCCCUUAGAGGGCAGCGGUUUUAAAGAAACUUGAGAGGUUGAGGAGCAUAUCUGCUCCCUGGCACAGCAUGUGACUGACAACUCCAGUUAUAGGAGGAGAAGUGAACAAUAUGGACUGGCCGUGCCUGCUACAUAACGCGGUCCAGUAACUAACUAUGUGCUAGAUGACUGUAAAUAACUCUGUAACUGCUGCACAAGAAAGCAUGUGCAGUGGCCCCUUGUGUUGGUGAGAUCCACAUGGCAGACUCUACUGCUGCCCAUGGGUUGAAUUAUUUGAAACUUAUUCCGGCCAUUAUUCCUUAGACACUAUGUAACAGUUUAGGAGCUAUUUGUGCAGAGCUAGUGUUACACUUAGGGACAUAAGUAUUCUGGAUGUGAUCAUAUUGUUUUAAAGAUUUUUCAGACUACAUGCCAAUUCCACACCAUUUUAUAUCAAGUACAUAAAUCAUAGCAGUUUGGGGGUCCAGGUAGGCAACCCCCAGUGAAUGCCUUGACGCAGCUAUAAUGAACACAGUAGAAGUAAAUCUUUCAGUUUUUGGAAGUUGGAGCAAAAAUCUACAUGGGAAGUAGAAAAAGACAAGAUCUCCUGAGUAAGUUGGGAGCAUGGGAAUCAUGGGAGAAGAUUGAAGGGGAGGAGAGAGGAAAGGAGGGAAACAGAGAAAAAUGCAUAGCUCAAUAAAAUCAAUAAAAAAAUAUUCUCACUAGCAUGCUCACACUUGGUAUCCGAGAAUACUGUAUACCAAUUUAGAAGAAAGAAAUAAGAUGAUCUUAGCAUUUUUUUUCCUAAAGAUUACAAUGCAGAAAAUAUAUUGUAAAAAUCGAGGCAUGGACGAUUACAAAGCACACCCUGUUUUCCUUACAGAUCUGUGGUAGCUGAGGUGGACAAACUCUGAGACACUGUAAGGUUCACUUCACUUGAAUUUAGGAUAACAGAAAUAAUGAAAAGGAAAUGUCCCACCAAAGCUUCCAAGUCGUUUGCACUCAGGAGGCAUGCAGUGUGUUUCAGCAAACCUGUCUCUGAUGUAUUAGAACUGAAGCCAAACACGGUAGAUGCCAGGAGGCCAAAGAAAGAAAGAGACGGUUCCCGAAGUAAAUCGGAUAAAAUUUCCUAGGGACUUACGGACAGAAACAUGUCUUGAGCAGACACAUGAUAGCAAGAUGGUAUGCAUCCAAUCAUAGGAUAAAGGUUUUAUGCCCUACGUUUGGCAAAGGUAGGCCAUGAGAACUGGAAUGGAGCUAGUCUUCUCUGUGUUAUCUCUUUCAGUUAAAAAAGAACCUGAGCAGCAGCAGAUGGCACAGCGUGCUUAGCUAACUGUCUCAAUGACUCUGCUAGUCCUAAGUUCUUGGGGUAUGUGAUAGAGUAAACCUAUACGAGAUAGCAGUAAUGCCCAAGGUACCAAUAAUAACGUCAAGCAGAGGAGUGUCACAAAUGAUGCCUUUGAUAUGUAGAGAAAAUUUUAGAUUAAAAGGCUUCACAAUGAGAUGAAAAGAAAAAUUCAAAGAUUCCUAGUUGAAGCUGGGUAGGAGUGGCGGCACAUGCCCUUAAUCUCAAGACUUGGGAGGCAGAGAGAGAGAAGAGAGAGAAAUCUUUGAAAGGUGGUGACUUCUAGAAGAUCUUUAGGCCACUGGGAGUGUACCCAUGAGUGGAGUUGUGAAAUCCUAACGUCUUUCUAAUCUGCGAUGUAGAUGUAGACAUAGGAGAACAUCAUUUUGCCAUCUGCUAUACCCAGACCUUGGACUGGAUUAGAGAAACGUUAAACAUUUUCUCCUCAUAAAUUAACAUCCUGGAUAUCUCAUUGCUGUAGUGUAAACCUGACUAAAACAAUUUUCAUUUAGAAAGAAAAAAAUGUCUGUAGCAAAAGAGUGGCUCCUGGCGUCUGGU